GUAUUUAGAGCAGUGGCCCUCACCUGUGAGUCAGUAUUCAUUUAUUCCUCACAGGGAGAGGACGGAGGGAAGUGGGAUUAAAAGUCACACAGGACACGGCAAGAACCCUGUCGAGGAGCAAGUGUGUGUAUAUAUCUCCAGAGGAGGAUGGCGUUCAACAAACUGACCUCAAGUGCUGCCUUGCUUUAUGAUCAGUGGCUUAAAGAAGCAGAUCCAAGAGUUGAGGACUGGCCUCUUAUGUCCUCGCCGUUCCCGCAAACCAUGGUCAUUCUUUCCUACAUCUAUUUUGUCACAACCCUUGGACCUCGUCUGAUGGAGAACCGCAAACCUUUUGACCUCAAGCAGCCCAUGAUCAUCUACAACUUUAGCAUAGUUGCCUUCUCUCUCUACAUGAUUUAUGAGUUUCUCAUGUCUGGCUGGGCCAAUGGAUACUCGUACAGAUGUGACCUUGUGGACUAUUCUAGCUCCCCACAGGCUCUCAGGAUGGCAUGGACUUGCUGGCUGUACUAUUUCUCAAAGUUCAUUGAGAUGUUGGAUACUGUUUUCUUUGUGCUGAGAAAAAAGAACAGCCAAGUCACUUUCCUCCAUGUGUACCAUCACUCAAUCAUGCCCUUCACAUGGUGGUUUGGAGUCAAAUUUGCUCCAGGUGGUCUGGGAACCUUCCAUGCCCUGCUGAACUGCUGCGUCCAUGUGGUCAUGUACACCUACUAUGCCUUGUCUGCUAUGGGCCCAGCCUAUCAGAAGUACCUCUGGUGGAAGAAGUACAUGACCACAAUUCAGUUGGUUCAGUUUGUGAUGGUGACCGUCCACAUCGGCCAGUUUUUCUUCAUGAAGGACUGCCCUUACCAGUUCCCAGUAUUUCUCUACGUCAUUGGUUUGUAUGGGCUGAUAUUCCUGGUUCUUUUCCUCAACUUUUACUACCAUGCCUACACCAAGGGCAAGAGGUUGCCCAGAGUCCUUCAGAACGGAGCAUGCUUCCUGACCCGUGCCAUCAAGAAGACUGAAUAAGGACCUUGUACUCCGUUACCCCUAAGUGAAGCUCCUGUAGCUUUUUAAGUCUGUUUAAUUUCUUUAACCAUUUCAGAAACUCACCCACUGUUUUAUGUUAAAACUUUGUGGAAUGCCACUUUUUUCUCACUGAAUAUUGUCCAACUAGCACACGUGGUUUUACACUGAAGAUAUGGAUCCUGGUUUGUACGGUCUUCACUUGGGUUCUGAAAUGUUUACGGGGUACAACAUUUUUUUAAUAUGCCCUUCAUUUGUACAUUUUUAAGUUUAGGUUUUUGGAAUAUGACUUGACUGCUGGUUUAACUGAAUACAUGGAUUAUGAGAGCUGAGGUAGUUUUAAUGCUGAUGGCCUUAUGGAAGGGCAAUGAAGGGGUUUGCUUUUUAAUUCGUGGCUAACCUUAGGCCCUCUUCCAGUGAAGAACCUGACUGACUACGCUUGAGUCCUGGGUUCAGUGUGGCAAAAGUGACAGCUGGGGUUCAGUUGUGAGAUUUGAGCUUUGGAAACAUUUUGUUCAGUGUUUUUUGUUUAACUUCUUAAUAUCUAUCUUUUUAAAAAAAGAGGGGGGAGGGGGAGUCUGACUGAGGCAUUGGUGUUCUUCAAAGAACUAAAAAUGUGCUGGUGACCUGUGGAGACUUAUUACCCUUGUCCUUGUGUAUUUAAGUAUUUUGUAUUUCUUGCAGCGCUGUAUUUAUACUUUAAUUUUGUUAAAUGGAAAAAUGUCUUUUUAUUCUACAAAAUAAAUUAUUUGUCAAGAA